AUGAGUUUUCUAAAGUCUAAAGUCAAGGAUGGAGUUUCAAAGAUAAAGAGUGGCGCUACAAGUGUUGCCAGUGCAGGUAGUGGUGGCAGUGGAGGUAGUAAAGAGCAAUCAAAGUUCCAAUUCGAUAUAAAGAUUGGUUCAAUUGAUAAUCUACCAAUAAACUCUGGUACCGUAUCAGUACAUUGGAAGCGUGGAUCAAAGUCAUCAAACAAUGGCAAGACGAGACCUGAGCCUGUAGAGGAUAAGAGUGCAACAUUCGAUCACAAUAUACAGAUGAUCACUACAUUGCUCAAGACUCCAAAGAAGACCUACGAGUCAAAGAAUGUCAGCAUAUCAAUCAAGGAGGAGAAGGGCAAGAAGGCAUCAACACUGGGCAAGCACAUCAUCGACUUGGCCGACUUCACCAGCUUGAAGGAUGAGCAGCGCAAGACACUCUCAAUCAAGCCAAAGAAGGGCAAGAGUACAUUCACUCUUCAUAUGAGCGUCAAGUGCACAGAACUACAGAUUGGCGAGAAUGAUGAGCCAGCAACAGAGACGGACUUGAACUCUAAUGAUGGUUCUGAUGAUGAAGAGGAUGUUGAGGAGUUCACAAAUGAUGAGGUGCCAAGCGAGGCCUCCUCUGUGUCAUCACAUAAUCAUCAUACAACAUCAUCAACUCCACCAAGUACCAUCACCAAGUCAGCUUCAUCCUCAUCACUAUCAAGCUCAACAUCAUCCAAUGCUUCCUCACCAAUGCCCAACAAGGACAAAGAGAAGGAGAAGGAGUUGGAGAAAGAGAAGGAGAAAGAGAAGGAGAAGGAACGUGAGCGUGAGAAGGAGAGAGAGAGGAAAGAGAAGGAGCGUGAGAAGGAGAAAGAGAAGGAGCGUGAACGUGAACGUGAGCGCGAGAAGGAGAAGGAGAAGGAACGUGAACGUGAGCGUGAACGUGAGAAAGAAAAGGAGAAGGAGAAGGAGAAGGAUAAGGACACAGAGAAGAGAAGGUUUAGCUUGUUGGGUGGAGGUGGAUCAUCAUCAGCUGACAAGAAGAAGUUGGAGGAGUUGGAGAAGCAGGUACAGGAGCUGAACAAAGAGUUGGACACAAAGAAGAAGAGGAUCAAAGAGUUGUCCGCGGAGAAUGUCGAGUUUGAGGACAGAGUCAAGGAGUUGGAGGAUCAGGUCAAGUCAAGUUCAUCGACAACCACCACGACCACGACAUCAUCGUCGAAUGACGCCGAGACAAAUGAGCGUCUUCAGGAGAAGGACGAUGAGAUUGAGUCAUUGAAGAAGGAGGUGCAUCAGUUGAAGUUGGAUGUGUCGCUGGCCGCCACGGGUGGCGCGAUGGUCGGUGGUGGCACGCUGGAACUGAAGCGAAAGAUCCAAGAGUUGAACAGAGAGGUCAAGGACAAGGACGAGAUGAUCAGCAAGCUCAAGAAUGGUGGAUCCGCGUCGUCAGGCUCGUCCUCACCGCCAGUCGCCAACGACAAGGUCAGCGCCUCACUCGAGAAACAGAUCACCGAACAGAACAAGACCAUCGCCAGCCAGAAGCAAGAGAUUGAGCGAUUGACUGCAUCGGCCUCGGCCGCCGUGCUGGCCUCCAAGAAGCCGGCUGCAGUUGCCGCGACAGGCGACACCCCGGAGGUGGCCCAACUCAAGAGAGAGAUUGUCGAGCUCAAGGACAAGGUGUCGAGCACCAGCAACGAACUGAAGAAGGUGCAAGAGCAACGUGACCGCACUGAUCGCGACUUGGACGAGGCGAGGGAGAACCUCAAUGAGGCCAGGGAGCGCGAGGAGGAGCUGCGCAGGAAGAUGAGCGACAUGGACGACGAGAUCGAGAUGCUCCAGAACAGGAUGAACAGUCAGUCUGUGAGCGCUGCCAGUCUCAGCAUGGGUGGCGGCGGAAAGUCCACCGACAAGAACAAGGCCGACAAGCAGCUCAAGGAGGGUCUGGAGAAGCAGUUGAACGAGCUCAAGAGCGACCUCAACAAAGAGAGAGAGCGCGUCAAGAAGUACGAGAAGGAGAUCAAGGAUCUCAAGGACAGGAUCAGGUAUCUCGAGCAGCAGCAACACUCCUCCUCCACCUCUUCCUCGCCACCCACCAGCGGCAAUGGACAAUACCAAGGUACAGUUGCCAAGUCCGAGGUGCAAGACCGCGAGGAGAACAAGAUCGUCGAUCAAUUUAUCCUAAGCCAAUCACAAACAUUCAAGGAUGGUAUUGGUACAUGUGCACAAUCAUUGUACAAACACUUGUUGGAUCAGCAUGCGUUUAGCAAUCAGAACUCAAGACUGUUCAAUAAGAUUAUCAACUCGCUCAACCAGUCGAUCGAAGGAUCAAUUGGAAACAUUAAGGAUCUUUGUUAUUGGAUUUCAAACACAUCGUCAUUGAUCCAUCUGAUAAUGGACGGUCCAAACAACAUUGACAGUGAGAGCGAUCCACUUAUCGACGGAAUCAUCAUCGAGGAGCAAGAUCCAUCACACAAGACACCAUCGACCAACUUUGUCUCGCAGUUGAACGAGCAAUGCAAGCUUGCCUACUCAAUCCUCUUGAACGACCUAUUCAACAAGAUCAAGCCACUUCUCCGAACAGUGCUGAGCCAGGCCAGCUCACUCGACCGAAGAUCGCAACCUCAUGCUGGACAUGAGCUGGCAGAGCUGUGCAAGAAGCUGGAACAACACAUGUCGUACUUGAAGGAGAACUUUGUGUUUGACUCGAUUGUACAGCAGUUCUUUGCUCAGACAUUCCACUUUAUCUCUUACAGUCUACUAUGUCAGAUCCUGGACGAGACCACACCAAACACCUGCACGCCAAGUGCCGGCUUCAACAUCAAGUUGAGCAUCUCCAAGAUUGAGGACUGGGUGUCCACGAACGAUGAGCGUGACUUGCUCAGCUACAGCCGAGAGUACUUGGGCGCCAUAUCUGACGCCGCCAAUCUAAUGGUGAUUGACAAGUCCAUCUUCACUGACACUGAGUCCAUCCAGUCGGCCUUCACCACGCUGAACGUGCGCCAGAUUCGCAAGCUGUUGGAGAUCUGGAAGCCCGACCAGCUGUCGCCAGAGCCCAUACCAGCACAUGUAAUAUCAAUGUCCAAGACUAAUUGGAAUCAACCGGUUGCCAACCUACCACUCACAGUGGAUCCAGCUACACUCAUUGCCAUCAUACCAAACCUUGAUGUCUAA